AUGCGCAGACGGUGUCACAAGUCAUACUCCAUUGGUGAGAAGCGAAAGCUACUCGCGUCCUUCGAGUGGCUCGGGUUGAGUAGCCGACGGUUCUGCGAGAUCGAGGGGAUCCCAAGAGCCACGUGGCGUGACUGGCGCAAGAACAGCAAGAAGAUCAAGGAGACUGCAAUCAACGCGAAACGCAAGACCCUCAGUGGCCAAGGCGCAAAGUGCUCCAUCCCCUUUCGCAACCACCUUCUUUCGUUAAUGAAGGACGUGCGACGAGGCGAGCACAUUCUAACGUCGAUGCACAUGAUUACGUUCAUGAAAACGUACUAUGAAGACUGGCUUACUACCUACACUGAAGGCAAGCGCGACGGUUACAAGUCCCUGCUGAAACUCUGUCAAGACUUUGCUCGGCGACACAACUUUUAG